UGCAGGAAAGAUAGUAGUGGAAAUAGGGCAGGGUCCAGGGACUGGACAUAAUAUUCGCAUUGGUAUUCAUUAUUCUAUGGGGAUGGUUUGUAGAUGAUAGGCUAUUCAUUGCGCGGCUGCACAGAUUUGGACAGCAACCCAGAUCUGCUUUCUAGGGCGAUGGAUCAACCGAAAACAAGCUCAUGUGGGAUUUGUAACGAUUGAAACCUGUGUUAGUGCGCAACUUCGGAAACUAAGUGGAGUCGAUCUGGCGACGCGCAAGAAUGUCGCAAUUGAGUGGUAACUGGUACUUUCCAUAGGAUCUUUAGCUGUAUAUGCGUAGCCUAUGUGUCGUGACUUCACAGUAACGGUGUCUUUCAAUGGUGGUAGUACGCACUAUCUUGGUUCAUGAUCAUUGCAGAUCGCACAAUAUCAUGCGAAACCAGGAAUGAAUUUACAGGAGGUUGACCCAUAUCACCAGACUGUUGUUUACCUGUGUUGAAAUACCUUCAAAUAGUAAGGACAUUUUCCUUGCGUGCCUUUUGUAUAGAAUGUAUGUGAGGAAACGUGCGUAAUGUUGACUUUGGGUGUAUGGAGAUGUUGGGCAACGGAGCAUCCAUAACAACACAGAGGGAUUGUCAACCAAAACAGACUUUGAAAAACAAUGAGUCAAGAUGAAGGGAUUUCCUUGUCGGUCCCCUCUUCCAGUCCUGGCUCGAACACAGAGGGUGCCCGCGGGGGAUCUGCUGGCUCCCGGGAAGAGAGAGGCUGUGGUGACCCCAUCCCCGCCGCUGGGACAUUCUGGCACGACUCUGUGGUCAGCGGAAGCAUCAGUCCGAGUAUCCUGAGCUGUCCGAUGGACAGUGGCUGCUUGUUAUCUACGGGGAAAUGUAAAAGCAGGGCCGUCACCGUGGCAUAUGUCGUCAACAGCGAGCUCACUCAACUGCACACCGCAGAGAACAUGGCCCUGCAUUGCCUGAAAGACGCGUGCGAGUCCGUGGGAAGUCAACUAGAAAUAAUACAUUUUGGAAAGAUCGAUUUUGGGGAGACGUGUGUGCUUGACCAGUUCUAUAAUGCAGACAUAGCUGUAGUGGAGAUGACGGACGCUUUCCGCCAGCCCUCCCUGUUCUACCACCUAGGUGUGAGGGAGAGCUUCAGCAUGGCCAACAAUAUCAUCCUGUACUGUGACACCAACUCCGACUCACUACAGUCCCUACAGGAGAUCGUUUGCCAGAAGAACACUACAUGCUCAGCUAACUACAGCUUCAUCCCAUACAUGGUGACGCCCCACAACAAGGUGUACUGCUGCGAGAGCAGCCUGAUGAAGGGCCUGACGGAGUUGAUGCAGCCCAGCUUCGAGAUGCUGCUGGGGCCCAUCUGCAUGCCCCUGCUGGACCGCUUCGUCCAGCUGCUCAAGGUGCCACAAGCCAACUCCUGCCAAUACUUCAGAGAAACCAUUCUCAACGAGCUCCGGAAAGCGCGGGAGUUGUUCACGGGGUCGGAGCUGGCCUCAGAACUCAGCCGUAUUCAACAGCGAUUGGACAACGUAGAGUGCCUUUCAGCUGACAUUGUCAUCAACCUGCUUCUGUCCUACAGGGACAUCCAGGAUUAUGAAUCUAUAGUGAAGCUGGUGGAGACCUUGGAGAAGCUUCCUACAUUCGACCCUGUGGCCAAUCCCCAUGUCAAGUUCCACUAUGCCUUUGCACUGAAUCGGAGGAACCUCCCGGGGGACCGUCAGAAGGCCCUGGACAUUAUGCUGCCCCUGGUGGAGUCUGACAACCAGGUGGCCUCAGACAUCUACUGCCUGGUGGGACGCAUCUACAAGGACAUGUUCCUAGAGUCCCACUUCACUGAUACCAAGAGCAGGGACAGUGGCACAGCCUGGUUUAAAAAGGGGUUUGAGUCCGAGCCGACACUACACUCUGGCAUCAACUACGCCGUUCUACUCCUGGCAGCGGGACACCAGUUUGACGCCUCCUUCGAGCUCCGCAAAGUCGGAGUGAAGCUGAGCAGCCUCCUGGGGAAGAAGGGAAGCCUGGACAAGCUGCAGAGCUACUGGGAUGUGGGCUUCUUCCUGGGGGCUAGCAUCCUGGCCUGUGACAACACUAGGGUCAUACAGGCCUCAGAGAAGCUCUUCAAACUCAAGGCCCCCGUCUGGUAUCUGAGCUCUCUCGUGGAGACCAUCCUGAUUUACCAGCAUUUCAAAAAGCCCUCUGUGGAGCAGCCGCCGCCCAAGCAGGAACUGGUGGACUUCUGGAUGGACUUCCUGGUGGAGGCCACAAAGAAAGACGUCUCAUCUGUCCGCUUCCCAGUGUUGAUACUGGAGCCCACGAAAGUCUAUCAGCCUUCGUACUUGUCCAUAAACAACGAUGUGGAGGAGAACACUGUCUCCAUCUGGCAUGUUGCUCCUGAUGACAAGAACAGGGGGGUCCAUGAGUGGAACUUCAGCGCCAUGUCAGUACGGGGUGUCAGCAUUUCCAAGUUUGACGAGCGCAGUGCCUUCCUGUACGUGCUAAACAACUCUGAGGACUUCCAGAUCUAUUUCUGCACAGAGAUGCACUGCAAAAGGUUCUGUGAUCUGGUCAACAGCAUCGCAGAAGAAACAUGGAAAGGCUCCGAAGAGGGGGAGUGUGACGCUGACGCCCUAGAGUACGACUAUGAGUAUGAUGAGCUUGGGGAGAGGGUGGUUCUGGGAAAAGGCACAUUUGGAGUGGUGUACGCAGGCCGGGACCUUAGCAACCAGGUGCGGCUGGCCAUCAAGGAGAUACCGGAGAGAGACAGCAGGUAUUCUCAGCCCCUCCACGAGGAGAUUGCCCUUCACAAACACCUGAAGCACAAGAACAUUGUGCAGUACUUGGGCUCCAUCAGCGAGAAUGGUUUUAUCAAGAUCUUCAUGGAGCAGGUUCCCGGAGGAAGCCUGUCUGCCCUGCUGAGGUCUAAAUGGGGCCCUCUGAAGAAUAACGAACCCACCAUCGGCUUCUACACCAGACAGAUCCUGGAGGGGCUCAAAUAUCUCCAUGACAACCAGAUCGCUCACAGAGACAUCAAGGGAGACAAUGUGCUAAUAAACACAUAUAGUGGAGUUCUGAAGAUAUCUGACUUUGGCACCUCUAAACGGCUUGCUGGGAUCAACCCCUGCACUGAGACUUUCACUGGGACUCUACAGUACAUGGCCCCUGAGAUCAUAGAUAAAGGCCCUCGAGGCUACGGCAAGCCUGCAGACAUCUGGUCUCUUGGGUGCACCAUCAUUGAGAUGGCCACUGGGAAACCACCCUUCUACGAGCUGGGGGAACCACAGGCCGCCAUGUUCAAGGUCGGCAUGUUUAAGAUCCAUCCUGAGAUCCCAGAUUCCAUGUCCAUGGAGGCCAAGGCCUUCAUCCUGCGCUGCUUUGAGCCCGAUCCCGACCAGAGGGCCACCGCCCUGCACCUGCUCACAGAUGAGUUCCUCACCGUCACCAGCCGCAAGAAGAGGGGCAAGAGCAGCUUCACAGCUCUUACACCAGCAGGUUCAGAGUACCUGCGCAGCAUCUCCCUGCCAGUGCCUGUGGUGGUGGAGGACACCAGCAGCAGCAGUGAGUACGGCUCCGUCUCCCCUGAGAAUGACCUCAACACCAACCCCUUCAUCUUCAAGCCCAGCACCAAGUGUUACAGCGAUCGGGACGUCAAGGGAACCCGCUCCCUGUUCCUCAGUAUCCCAGUGGAGAACUUUGAGGACCACAGUGCUCCUCCGUCUCCUGAUGAGAAGGACACUGGGUUCUUCAUGCUGAGGAAGGACAGCGAGAGAAGGGCCACUCUGCACCGCAUUCUCACUGAGGACAGAGACAAGGUGGUGGCCAACCUCGUGGAGGCUCUCAAACAGGGUUCUGAGACAUCCGACACCAAGUUGAGACAUCAGCAUAUCUCCACCCUUGUGGUCAGUCUGGGGGACUUUGUGCGCAUGACGGACAGGAAGAUCAUAGCCAACACCCUCUCCCAGCUCAAACUGGAGCUAGACUUUGACAGCACGGCCAUCAGCCAACUACAGGUGGUGCUAUUCGGGUUCCAGGAUGCAGUAAACAAAGUACUACGAAACCACAACAUCAAGCCCCACUGGAUGUUCGCCCUGGACAAUAUAAUCCGUAAAGCGGUGCAAACUGCCAUCACCAUUCUGGUGCCAGAACUGAGGCCCCACUUCAGCCUGGCCUCGGAGAGUGACCCGGCCGACCAGGAUAAUGUUGACGAUGACGUUGAGCCUGAGGAUUCCGCCGCUCACCAGAGCAGAGCCCCUCCCAACACUGCCCAUGAUGACACUGUCGCCACCUCCGGCGUGAGCACACUCAGUUCCACCGUUUCACAUGAAUCCAAUAAUGCCCAGCGCUCCGUCAGCAUAGAACUAGGCAGGAUGAAGCUGGAAACCAGCAGGCUAAUGGAGCAGUUGCUAGAGAGGGAGGGAGAGUACCAGGCCAUCCUCCAGCAGGUCCUGGACGAGAGGGAAGAGGGGAUCAAAUUACUGAGGAUCUGCUCAGAGCCUAUCUAUAUGCCUACAUUAUCAGUGAGCCAAAGGAGCAAGUCCACUAUGAGCCAUGGUGACCCAAAGCUGAUCAAGUGGCUGAAACUCCAAGGCGCUGACGAUGACUCCAUGGACAGGAUUCUGACCGAGGAUUACACGUUAGAUGACCUUCUCCACUAUGUGACGAGAGACGACCUGAAGAGUUUGAGAUUAAGAGGUGGGAUCCUGUGUAAGCUAUGGAAGGCCAUCACAGACUACAGAGAGAAGCCUGCGUGAGGAGCCUUCGUGUGCCAUUAGCCACUGCUACACCACUGCACUUUAAUCUCAGUAUUUAUUAGACCAAGAAUCCAGUGUAGUUGAUCAUGUGUGGAGUAUUGCCAUUAUUGUGUGAGAGAGACCUAUGGAAUAUUGUGUGUGUUAGAGAGACCUUGUUGGGUUAUGGAAAUGUUUUUUUUCUUUUCAAACGGAGUUACUUUUUCAUGUAAAAAUAUAAACGCAACAUGCAACCAUUUCAAAGAUUUGAUUGAGUUAUAGUUCGUAUGAGGAAAUCAGUCAAUUGAAAUAAAGUCAUUAGGCCCAAAUCUAUUGCGCUAUUUUUGUGCAUUCAAAUUGCCAAUCGAUAAAAUGCAAUUGUGUUCGUUGUCCAUAGUUUAUGCCUGCCCAUACCAUAAUUCCACCGCCACCAUGGGGCACUCUAUUCGCAAAGUUGACAUGAGCAAACUGCUCGCCCACACGACGCCACACACAUGGUCUGCGGUUGGACGUGCUGCUACAUUUUUUAAAACAACAUUGGAGGUGGCUUAUGGUAGAGAAAUUAACAUUCAAUUCUCUACCAACAGCUCUGGUGGACAUGGCUGCAGUCAGCAUGCCAAUUGCACGCACCCUCAAAACUUGAGACAUCUGUGGCAUUGUGUUGUGUGACAGAACUGCACAUUUUAGAGAGGCCUUUUAUUGUCCCUGGCACAAGGUACACCUGUGUAAUGAUCAUGCUGUGGUUCCCAGCUUCUUGAUAUGCCACAGCUGUCAAAUGAUGAUUUGAGAGAAAUUAGCUUUUAGUGCGUAUUGAACAUUUCUUUGAUCUUUUAUUUCAGCUCAUGAGAACAUUUGUUUAUACUUUUGUUCAGUGUAAAUAAGCACCACUGGUUUUAUAAUGUUCAACAGUUAUGACAUGUUUUAAGCUGGUGCUCCAAGAUUCACAGGACAAACAGUGGAACAUUACCUAUAAAUAUCUGAGAAAGUGUUUAAAAUGUAAAUGUUAUUUGGUUGUAGAAUUAUCUCCUUACUAUCAUUUGUUAACAACACAUGAGACGGACCAUUUUCUAAACCAAGCCUGAGAGAUAAAAUACAAUGUUAACUGAUGUGUUUCAGCUGCUGUACAUUAUGUUGAUAAACAACAUUGUUAUUGUCAGUGGCUUCUUAUCACUACUUUAUUUAAAUGUGUUUUAUGCAUAUCACUGCAUGCAUGCCCUUUUGUACCUUUUUUGUUUAACUGUCUGUGACGGCUUUGAAUCAUCAAAACUCUUGACUUCAUUUGUUCAAGUAAUUAUUUAACAUUUAUGUCAUUUUAAGAUUUUUUGGGGGUGUGAUUUUAGGGGAAAUUAUGUAAAUAUAUUGCAAAUAUUAUGACAGUAAAUUACUAUUUUUAGUUAAACAAUUUACAAAAACCUAGAUGUCCUAUCUAAUGUGCAACACAAAGUUGAGUUCGGUAAUUUAUAGAUAUUAUCGAUACUGGCGAUGGAACAAAAUGAUCUGACCUACACAUUAUACUUCCACAUGUCAGAUUUUGUAUGAUAUUUGAUCGGAAGAAACAGAUGACCCGAUUGAUAUUUUACUCUAUUGAAGAUGUAUUUUUGUUGUAUAUUUGGGGAAUUAUAGUUUUAGCCUGCCUUCAUUUGUAUAUUAUAUGAUCUUUAAAGCGGCAAUCAGCAGUUGAAAGGAUAACAAAGUGGCCUCCCUGCCCCUGGCAUUUAUAAGCUAUAUUCUUCAAGAAUCAAUAGGUACAUAUCAUUCAUUCACAAGUCCAUAAAUGUAUAUAGCAACUGCAGAUUUCCCUUUUAAAAAUGCAAAUUCUUUCAAUCAAAUGUAUAUGUUUGAUUUCAAAUCAGAAACGAAAACAAGAUGGUCAUAUUGUUGUACCACCAACCUCUUUUAUUUAAAAUAUUUCUGUCAGAAAUACACAAAUGAAGUUUUGCUCAAAUAUGUCCGUUUCGUUUUCAUAUUCAUGAUAGAUUGAUUACAUUAUUUGUGCAAUAACAUAUUGUUGUGUAACACAAAACAUCGUCUUAAUCUUAACUGUGAAAUAAAGUGUAAACUGAAA